AUGAAACUUUAUUGUACGGAGCUAAAAGCUCAGUUGAUUGUCAAGUCUGAGCACCCGGAAACCUUUGAUGGAAAGUCACCAUCUUUGGUUCACGCAUUGAUGUUUCACUCAUCACAAGAUAUACUUUUCAGCCCUGUGAGACUGGCAGAACAGACCUUCAGCGUCGGGACCGACGAAUUGACAGUUUGA